UUAUCCUCUCCUAUUUAAAGCCCAAUGAAUCCAUCUCAAUGCGGGUGUCCUAUUACAUGUCGUUAUUGACUUGGAAUUCAUCUGCGACUACAGCCCCAAUAUGCUGCCUUGAAUCACUUAUACCACCGUUAUUGUUGGGCUUGUCUUUUGAUUUUCAACAAUGCCGGCGCCGUCCCUACGACAGCUCUGUACGGCGACUGCUAUCAGAAACGUGAAGUAUUUAAGCGAUAUUGGCAACAUCCCUUAUGCGCUUGCUCGCCCUUUUCUUGUUAGGAUCGAAAGUCCCGAAAGAUUGAGAUCUAUAGAAUCGCAAUCCCCCCAUAUUGCCGACAAAGACGGAGAACUCUGGUUCGACUUCAUCAAACGAGAUAUACCGAAAUGGGAUCAAUACGAACUCCCUGAGCCGUCCGAGUGUUCAUACGAUCUAUACUGCGACCUCAGAGAGCAGAUACAAAGAGCCCUUGACGAAGAUGCGAGAAGGUUGAAGAUGGCCCUCGAUGGGAUCAGUUCCGAGCGAGCGAAGCACAAUACCAAAUUGGUAGAUCGGCAAAUUCGCGAGAAACCAACGGCCAGACAACGGUACGCUCAAUAUGAUCGGAAAAUGGGCGGUAUCGGACCUGUCUUCACAGGGACCUCUGUCAGCCCCUUUGGGCGGCCUCCGCGGCUGCCCGAGGGAAAGAAGAAAAAUAAUAUAUUUACCGCUACAAAGCGAAAUAAUGUUCUCGCCGUCCCAACUCAACACCUCAACAAUCGGGCAUCGCAAAUCAGUCAGGCGCCACGCUCUUUGAUCGAAGAACAUAGGCGUCCAGCAGAGCCCCCGGCCGCUCCUCGUCGAAAGCCCCCUGCGACUCCAGCCUUGAGAGCACCGGGUCGGCCAAGGCCUCAUGGCACAUCCUCUGCCACCCUUGCCGUUCCUCCCUCCUUGCAAGAAAAGGAGGCAAGGUUACGUGCAAUAGCCUCGGGGCAGCGAUCAACUUUGCAUGCCUCAACACCUGCUUCGUCUCGGGCAGAAACUGAAGUGUCUUCUACAGGAUCACGCUCUUCCCAACAAAAUACGCCAAGACCUCCGCCCUCGAGAGGCACCAGGCCUGUGCCUGGGAAUACGCAUUCUCCGGCCAGGACAGGAGUGUCCAGUCCCCCUAAUGGGGCUGGCGCUGUUCCUAGCCAGUCGAAGGCUUCCCCAGAACAAACCCCACGCCCUGCGAUGGUUCGGAAAAGACCGCCUCCUAGUGUCUUUCAUCAACCGAAACGAAGAAAGUUAUGACGGCGUUCUCGAAUAUCGCGACUUCUUACAGUGUUUCAUUCUAUGUGUCAUUACUAUUUCUUUCUUUGUUCUUUUUUUUUUUUUUUUUUUUUUUUU